CCCCCACCCCAUUGACUGCCAUUGUAUUGACACAAAGCCAAAUGUCUCAAAAUAUCUUGUUUUCUGUGCCACAGAACCAAAGGUCAUAUAGAGGUUUUGAACGCACUGAGGCUGAACAAAUGAUGGCAGAUUUUAAAAUUGUGUCUGAGUGUACAGGUUGUAGACAGUUUUUCUCCAGGCCGCUAGGGGUCGCUUCUUCGUUGUGAGUUUCUGUUAGAAACGGGCCAGCGAAAGAAUAGAUACCAGAGAUACAAACAGUCGUGGAAGAAGUUCAAGAAAUAGGACAAAUAUAUGAUAUUACGGUUUAUCUCAUAACAGCGAUCUCGGAGAUCUCGCAUCUGUUUCACCUUGCCAAUGGCGGAGAUGCCUCAACAUUGGUCUUACAAGGACACAGAGACGUUGAUCAGAUGGCGUAUGGCUCAUGGAUAUUUAUUCUCAGGCUGGAGAAACACAUGCAAAAAUGGAUGGGAGCUUUUCAUAAAAGAAGCUACAUCGGACUUGGGUGGAAAUAUUACUGCUCAAAGGGCAAAGAAAAAGUGGGAAAAUUUAAAAUGCAAAUACUCGGUUUUGAAAGCUCUCGCACAAGACGUCGAAACAGUAAAACCUGACUCCUGGCGAUGGUUCAGACUAAUGGAAAAGGCUGUUGAUGGAGAUCCUAGUGAGGUCGACUCUCCACAACCAACCCUACUGAGCAACCUAGCCAACGAAUCUGAAUCUGAAUGUGCAGCCCAGCCCAGCAAGAAGAUGUAUCAGGUUGAAAUGGGGAGUGAUAUUCUAGAAUUACUGACACAUUCUGUAAUCGAGGUCAACACUCAAGAAAUCGUGCAGGAUGCAGUAACCUUGUCAGAACCAUUGGAACCUGAGAAAGUAAGGCCGGUGGAAAGCAUUAAGAGUCCUCCAGAGAAUCAGGAUGAGCUACACAUUGAAAGAGCAAAGCUCAAGAAAGAGAGACUGCUUCUAGAGAAGGAACAUACAGAUCUGGACCGAGAGCGAAUGCUCCUGGAGCGAGAGAGAUCUGUUGCAGCGAGGGAGAAAGCAGCUUUGGAGAGAGACCGAUUACAGCUGGAAAAGGACAGAGCUGCUAUUGACAGAGAGAGAGCGUCUCUGGAACAGGACAGAGCGAGACUAGAGCGGGAUAGGGCGGCUCUUGAAAGGGACAGAGAGACUUUUACCACCAUGACUCUGGGGACAAACGGACACGUCCAGCCGGGUUCUCCUCAUGUGGAGGAUAGGAAGCGGUUAAUAUUUUUGUUUGAAAAAUUAAUCGAGAGAUUUUGAGAUCACAGUACACAGAGUCAUUCUGUGCAUUUGGUUCGUGGUUAGGAGGGUACUUAAAAUAAAAAAGUACUGCACGUUCAAGCGUCUUAUAGUUUAGUUGUCUUUACUAAGAGGACACUUUUCAGGAGUAGUGCAAAGUGGAAAUUAAAACAUUGCAGUAGCACCUGCUUCAAAACUGUUCAUUUGUUGAACUGUUGAACAUUUUUUUUCACAAUUCUGGUCUACAGAAAGCUGUUAAUUUGUAAAGCACUGCAUCUGAAUGAACUUCAAGUUACGUUGUUUAGAAUUAAACACUUGUCUUUUUGUUUUUUUGUUAAACAAAAAAUUAAUGAAGUACAUGUUUAAAAGGCAGAGGUGGACGAAGUACACAACUUCCUUACUUGAGUGAAAGUACAGAUAAUACUGGUCAAAUAUUACUCCACUACAAGUAAAAGUUGUAAAGACAGAUUCUUACUUGAGUAAAAGUACAGAGAAGUACGUGCUUUUAAAAGUACUCAAGUAUUAAAAGUAAAUUUCCUUUAUGUCAGUUGUGCAUUGUUUUAUUGUCGUAUAACUUAUGCCUCUGAAGCAACCAACUGAAUACAUUGAGUAGCUCACAGUAUCAGUUGUAUUAAAGGAGUAGUUCACUUCAAAAUUUGCUCCCAUUGACUUUCCAUAGUCAUUUUUAUUCCUACUGUGGAAAGUCAGUGGGGGCAAAUUUUGCAGUGAGCAACUCCUUUAAGAGCUUUAUAUGUUUAGCACACAUAUGUUUAGUUUAGAUAUAAUCCUGUAUUAUCAUUUAGCCUAAUUAUCCUCAUUAGCCCCCUAGGCCUAUAUGUAUUUAUGAGCAGUGUUCUUUUAUUUGUAUAUUCCUUUUACCAGUUUUAGCAGCAAUUUACCAGUAAGUAGUAAGGUUCUUGUAAAUAAUAAAGUGUAGAAGCCAUGUGUUUGUUGGACUUAUUACCAUUUGUAUUACCAUAAUUUAACUACAAACAUAAACUAUAGCUAGUAUAAUGAAACUAUGGUAUUUUUAGUUGCUGUGGUUUUACUAAAGAUUAUUAAUUGGAGGUUCCUAUAGA